CUUGGGGUAGGGCAUAUUCUGUCUGGCUGAUCCCUGAAGAGGGGAUCUCGGGAAGGCUCCGUCUCUCUCUCUCUCUCUCUCUGCUUUGCUCAUCUCUGGCGGCGCGUGGCGCUUCUCCAUCGUCAGGGGGGUUCCAAUUCUUCGAGACUAGGUUUGCGAAUUCCAUUUUCUUGCGAGCUGUGAGCAGGCAGGCAGGGAAUGCGCAGUGGUGGCUUGGUGUCGCGAAUGGAGGGCGAUAGGAUUGUCGUCAACGGGUUCGCAGCCGGGGGGAAUCCAGGGGUUUCGGCGGCGCGGGGCGCCAGCAACGAUCGCAGCCUGGAAUCUCUCAAGUUGGAGCACCAGCUCGUGAGAGUUCCCUACGAGCACCUCAAGAAAUCGCUCCGGGCGAGUACCAGGAUGGUGGAGAAGGAGGUGAACGCCGUGGUCGCUGGGGUCGCCGUGGCUGUGGAUAAGAAUCUCUCCAAACAAGAGGCGGUGGAGCAGCUUACGUCGCUCGUCUCACGUCUCCAAGGCCUCAAACGCAAGCUGGAUGAGAGCAACAAGCUCGAGCACGUCCAGGUCCAGAGAUGCCGAGCGAGAAUGGAUCACUUAACGAUGCUCCGCGACGGGGACAAAGAUUGCCAGAAGAAAUGGAAUGAAUUGCGGGUCGACAGGAUCAUUGUCGACUACUUACUUCGCAAUUGCUACUAUAGCACGGCCCAGUUGCUCACGGAAUCUUCUAACAUCCAGGAACUUUGCGAUGCCGAUAUUUUUGUAGAUGCGCACCGAGUUAUCGAAUCACUCCGCAAAAAAGACUGUUCCGAGGCCUUGGCAUGGUGCAUCGAGAACAAGUCCAAACUAAAGAAGUAUAAGAGCAAGCUUGAGUUCAAACUGAGACUACAGGAAUUCAUUGAACUGGUUCGAAGCGAACGCAUGAUGGACGCAAUUAUCUACGCUCGCAAGUUCUUGUCUCCGUGGGGUAGCACUAAUCUAAAGGAGCUUCAGCAGGCUAUGGCAACGCUUGCUUUUAAGAGCAGUACCGAUUGUGCGGGCUAUAAGGCUUUCUUCGAAGACAGUCAAUGGGAUAGCCUUGUCGAGCAAUUCAAGCAAGAAUUCUACAAGCUUUACGGAAUGACCAACGAGCCGCUUCUACAUUUACAUAUGCAGGCCGGUUUAUCAGCGCUUAAGACGCCAUUUUGCUACGAAGAAAGCUGCACGAAGGAAGACCCUUUGUCACAGGAAAACAUCCGCAAGCUCGCAGAGCCACUUCCAUACGCAAAGCACAUUCACUCAAAGCUCGUGUGCUACAUUACCAAGGAACUUAUGGACGAAGACAAUCCUCCACUUGUUCUACCAAAUGGUUAUGUCUACAGCAAAAAGGCCUUGGACGAAAUGAUCCGAGCCGAAGGGAAGAUUACGUGCCCCAAGACUGGCUACGUUUGCAGCAUGAGCGAAGUUCACAAGGCCUACAUUUCGUAAGAAUCUCGCAAGAGUGUACUCUACUAUAGGAAAACACUGCUUGAAAACACAGGUAACUGUCACGAUUGUAAAACGAAUCUCGAUUGACAGGAAAAGCAGCCAACAUGACGAUCAAGUGAGCUCGCAAUUGAGCCCCGGACCAGCUCCAUUGAAAAACUGGCCAGUCCAAGUGUGGCCUUCGUUGUCAACGUAAGAUCCGAUCCCGUGCAUCCGGUUUUCUCGCCAUUCACCAGCGUAGGAUCUUCCAUCUGGCCACUUUGAUCCAGUGCGAGUUCUCAGAGAAAAGAGAGAGUUUGUGGACGAAGAACUCUACCUUGAAAGUUCCAUUGCCGUGAUACUUGCCAUUCUCCCAGGUCCCUUCGUACGAGGCACCGCUAGCAUACUUGAAUGAUCCUGUUGGUCAUCUACUUGUUAACUCUGAUAAAUUUUCUCGCCUCGUCUACCUGGGCCGUGCAUCAAAUCGUUCUUCCAUUCUCCCUCGUAGGAGUAAUUGCCAUCGAUGUAGUGGCCUUUCCCAUCGCGAAGUCGCUUGGGUUUA